CCUCCAUGCAUGCUCCAUCCUAGCUGCUUGUGUGACUCCGCCCAGUUUUGUCUCUCGCCCAAUUGGCAAUCACAGGUUCAAUUCGCAGCCAACCUAGCUAGGCACUCGUCCGGCCGGCCCUUCGUCGUCGCUUGGCUAUCUAGCUUCCUUCGAUCAGCUUCAAAACCGAAGCCGCCCCCGUUGUCUUCAUUCCACCGUACGUUGAUCCGCUAGACUCUGCUCCAGUUGACCAGUACUCGAUACUCGUGUGUUCGGUGUUCCUCCUGGCUAUAUAUACACGACGCGUUGCCGUUGCCGUUGCCGUUGCCGGCCACUCGCUCUCUCCAUCUCGUCUCGCCCAAGCGCACGCGUUUCCACCGUCUGCUACUGCUAGCGUGCUACUGUCUCGCUGAUCGAUCAUGAGUUACUACGGCCAGCAGCCGGCUCCCGUGACCGCGUACCCACCGCCGGCGAUGGCGCCACUGCAGCAGCCGACGGGGCAGGCGCCGUACACGGCGCCGCCGCAGGGCAACUACGCGCCGCCUCCGCCGCCGGGAUACCCGGGCAACUUCGACGUGGGCAUGAACCCGCCGCAGCCCGCGCAGACACAGAGCCGCGGUGACAAGGCCUUCCUGGAAGGAUGCUGUGCUGCCCUUUGCUGCUGUUGCCUCCUCGACAUGUGCUUCUAAGGCUAUUGAGAGUACAAGUAUAAGCAAAUCAUAUGUUGCAAGUAGAGUAUGUUCAAGGCUGUACUGUCCAGUUGAAGGUUUGUACUUAUGUGCCAUGUAAGAGUUGAAUGAAGAUUUACCAUGUUCAGGCUCCUAUUGGAUAGCCUAAUCAGCCAAAGAAAAAGCUAAAUUUUGGAUUUUCAAGCUUAAUUUUGAGAUA